CAGCCUGCGCUGCCCUAGGGGAAGAGAAUUCUUGCUCCGGAAGAAACGCGGGAGAACGCCCCCCCCCACGCCCCGCAACGUACCCAAAUGAAUGAACUGAAUAAAACCGGGGUGGAAGGGUUAUUAUACGCAGUUCUUGCCAUCCAGGAAGCGAAGAUAGAGAGGCCUUCAAACCCAGCCCUCACUAGCUCGGGCCCACCGCACCUGAAGAUGCUCCUGAAAACGAAUUGGCAGAAUCUGGGCCAUGGCGCUGUCGGGGGUGUAUGGUCUCCUCCUGUCACUGGGGCUGUGGGGCAGUGGCUGCCCGGGCUCUCCAAGGGAGAGGAGGAGAAGGGGGAGGGGGGAGGCUGGGCUCAGCAGGAGAGUCUCCGGGGACGCAGGAAACUGGCAGCCAGACGAAAGAGCUCAGGUCGGGGGCGGAGGCUCCAGGGUCCGCGAGAGCCGCAAUGGCGGAACCGGGCGCAGCGCAGACUCCGGAAACGGUUUAGCCCUGCGGAAGGAUCCUGGCGACAGAACUCCGCCCAGGUCACCUCACGCCCUCCGCCUUAUGUACUCCUCCACGGAGCGCCGCGAUGCAUCGGAGCGCAGGAAUUCGGAGCGUGGGGCGCAGGGCGCUGAGGACCUUGCUUACUGCUGCGACAGGGAGAUAAAUAGAGGAAUCGGAGGGACUAUUUUUUGUCUCAUCACUUUCCCCAGCCGCCUGCUUUUCCCUCCCCCCCCUUUUUUUUUUUUCGCAUUUUGCCACAUCAUGCGACUAGGGGCGACCAACGUCAUUUCCGUGGGCGCUUUGGGUCUCACCCACGUACUUCCGGGUGCACGUGAUGCUGGUCAGGAAAGGUCUGCUGAUUGCUGCCGGAAUGCAGAGCGAGUUCUAGGGAAGUGCGGCGUCUCCUGGGAAUGAGGUGGCUGUUGGGCCGCCUUGAGGAAUGGCGGUGCUGCUCCUUUUCCCAGUGGGCCCUGCGUAUUUAAACGUAGUCCCUUACGAAGGGGACGUGGCGUGGGCAGAUGGGCCCAGCCUCCCGCCCUCUCCGUGACUCAGGGAAACGGCCCCCCUGCAGAGCGCUCUUGGCAGCCGGCUGCAGCGCUCCUCCCCCGCCUAGUCUCAUGUGGUGGGUGGUUUGUUAUAUCCCAGGGAGGGGGGCACUGAAACACUGAAAUGGGGUUUAAAAAUCCUAUCUGUCCUUACGCACGCCCUUCUGAGGGUUGGAGAAGCUGACGCUUAGGUUCUAACAGAACUAGUAGUCUCUUGGGACGUUAAACAAUUGACUCAGGGCAGUGAAGGCCAUUUAUGAGGGAUCUCAAACUGGCCUUGUGAUAGCCUUUCUUAACGUUUCUGCGGACAUUUUGGCGGAUGUAUAUAUAUAUGGGUGUAGCUGAGUAAUAAAUUUGAUGAAGAAUUUGAGUGUCAUAAAUACGCUAAAGAAUUGGACUAAAAUUAUAGCAGGAUUUUUUUCCCAGCCAUAUCAAAUAAUUAAUGAGCCUCAAAGAUUUAGAUAAUUAGGUUAAAGGUGGUUUGUAAAACCUUAAUGUUUUUCCUCGGUGUGGCUAAGGUACACUCUUGGAGAAAGGGAUUAACUAUUAGCGCUGUAUUUCAGUGGGACCUCCUCAACAGUGUAAACUAGCAGUGUUUGGGAAUGCAAACGCUUCAAAGCUGGGGGCAUCGUGUCUUCUAACAGCAUUAAGGUAUCUACGGUAUCCAUUAUCGAUUAAUAAUCUUACCAGUACUUUAUUGCUCAAGUAUAAGCUGUAAUAAUAUUUCAUAAUAGCACAAAUACAAUAAAGCAUAAAAG